CGCCCCCCUGUGACACGGACAUACAGAACAGGGCGAAGACAAGAGCAGUCGCAUCCACGUCCCCGUAGUUGAGCUGACGUCUUUGGAGGAGCUUGGAGAAAGGCAAGAUUGGCGUGUCCUUCCUUCGCGCUCCGAAUGUUGCGCGCAUAAACGCAUGGUGACUUGUUGUGAUGCACGCUACGACGCACAAGAAGCAAUGCGCGCGAUCCCUCACCGAAGGAGCGUCAAGUCGGUUAAAGAUCACUCCUGCAAUUUUUAGUCACCGAGAUUUCUACAUACUGGUCGGAUUCUUUGGUGGAUAAUUGUUGCUCCUGACACCGGAUCAAAGUCCAGUUUGGUAGGUGUUUCUGCGUUUUCCCCCCCUUUUAAUCCGACCCAGAUACAAAUGGACUGUGCAGGGCGCAGCGUGCAAGCAGACGCACAGCUGCUUUUUCUCAACGCGUCCUCGGCGUGGCUUGUCGGCACCCUACAGAAAAUCGACAGGAAUGCUGAGCCCGCAUUUGUCUUAUCCAAUAUCACCUGUGACACUCCCAUCAGUGCGCAACCACUCAGCCGGUGAGGCCACAUAGGUCAUGCUGAGACAGGUCCUCCUCAACACCACCAAUACGCCACACCUUGACCUGGUGCUCAUGGCCCAGUCUUCGACAAGCACCGCCACCUCUGUAAACGUAUCUCAUGGGGGCUUGGUGAGCGUGGCCGCCCUACUGAGACCAACUGCGAGCCGCGGGGACGGAGGAGGAGGAGGGCUUCGAGAUGGCGAGCUCCACAAACCGGACCUGCUCACCUACAUAGUCAUGUGCCUCCUGUUGUUUCUGCUGGUGCUGAUCAUUGUGUUCUUCAUUAACUGUCAGCUGCGGAACUCUUUCUUCGCCUCUAUGCCGUACGACAGGUCAUUGAGAGAGGCCCGGACAUCGUACAAGUAGCCCGGAAGGAUGAGAACUUGGGUCUUUAUUGGACCAUGGACUCCCUCUUCAUUUCAUUUCAUGCGGACACUGGACUGUGUGGAUAAAAAUCCAGAAUAUCGGCACACACAAAACCGGCGAGGGUAAUUUUAAGUCAAAAGAUGCAAUGGUUCUGGUCAUUGAGCAGACGUUGGUUGGUAUGUAAUGUUUGAAGAGUGGGCUCACUGCGGGAGUAAACCCAAUUAUCGAUAUAUGUAAUCUCCAAUUUCCUACUGGGUAAUGUUGCGUCUCUGAAAGCUGAAAAGCGCUCAUUUGUUUGCAACUUUGCUUUUAUCAUUUUCUUUUGACACAUUUGCCUGUUUUAUUCAAGUCUUCUGAGAAGUCAGAAAUAACUCUCAACAACAUUGUGGGCGACCUUGAUGAGCUUGCUUUGUUUGUGAGUACACAAAUGAAACGGAAUAUUUUUGUGAGCCUUGAUUGUAUUUCAUACAGAGGUUGGCACAUAUGUAGAUAAUUAUGAUAUACACUCGUUUUCAUGCAAAGCCCAUUGGGUUAACAGUGACAUUUUAUAUAAUCAAUUAUAUUAUUAUUAUUAUAUUACUAAUCAUAAUUUCAACAGUUGUGGGUGAUGUCAAAUGAGUACAUCUCGAUGAAUUCAGGGUAGUUAACCGCCCCUAAUUCGUGAAUUUGUAGUCUAAGAAAAUUUCUGACUUGCCAAAUUUCUAAAAUUCAGCAUUAAUAGUGUUUUAGCAUUGCCUUGAACAUUCUGUUUUGCAGUAUAGAAAUGUCUGUCUUGUGCAGUGUUGCGACCAAGUCACAUUUUGCCAUCCUUCUGUCGAUUGUACAAUAGUGAUGAAAUGGCAGACUGCAAAACUACACCAAGACAUAAAGAUUUUGAAAACCUCUUA